GCGUCACGGCCGCCAUAUAGAGUGGAGCGGGCGGCGGCGCGGGCGUUGUGCGGGGCCGCCAUGUUCGCGCUGCAGCGGAACGCGGUCAUCGGCCUGCACCUCUACUGCGGGGGCAGCCCGGCCCCGCCGCCGCCGCCCUCGGCGGGGGCCUGGCCCGCGGGCUGCUCCGAGGCGCUGCUGGGCUGCGGCCCGGGCCCGGUGCCGGUCCCGCUGCGGAGCCCCGAGGAGGAGCUGGACGGCUUCGAGCCGGAGCCCGAGCGCGGCCCCGCGGCGGCCCCGCCGCUGCCCGGCGGCGCCCCGGACGCCCUGCGCCAGGCCUCGCUGGAGCUCAUCGGCCGCUACCUGCGGGAGGCGGCGGGCGAGGCCCGGCCCGGCCCCAAGAAGCUGUUCCCGGGGCUGCGGGCCGGGCCCGGGCGGCCCCGCGGCGCGGAUGCGGGGCUGGAGAAGGCGCUGGAGACGCUGCGGAGGCUCGGGGACAGCGUCCUGCGGAAGCACGAGCUCGCCUUCCAGGGGAUGCUUCGGAAGCUGGAAAUCCAGAAGGAGGAGGACCUGCAGGCGGUGCGGGACGUGGCCGCGCGCCUCUUCAGCGACGGGCUGACCAACUGGGGCCGCGUGGUGACGCUCAUCUCCUUCGGGGCCUUCGUCGCCCGGCACCUGAAGAGCAUCCAGCAGGAGAAGAGCAUCGGCUCCCUGGCAGGGAUCAUCACGGACGCGCUGCUCUCCUCCAGCCGCGAGUGGAUGCUGAGCCAGGGAGGUUGGGAGGGCUUCGUGGAGUUCUUCCACGUGGAGGACCUG